CUGUUUGCACUCAGAUACAUCGGGAGUGAGAUCAGUGAGAUCAGUGUCUACUUCAGUGUCAAGCUCAGGGUUGCAACAGAGACCCGCCACCUGCUGACAAACACUGUGUGAACAUCAGGACUCUGUGGGGUGAAUCAUGGGAAACUGCACUUCAGGGAAGAAGAAAAGGAAAGGGGAUACUGCAGCUGAUGGAAGAAACAGCACAGACAGUAAGCCUAAGGAGGAGGUGUUGUACGCCUCUAUUGACCACACCACUGCCAAAGGACCGAGUAGAACCAGAGCUACUGCUGACGAUGAUUGUGACUAUGCAACAGUUUUUGUCCCACCGCCACCUCAGCCCGAACGUGUGUCUCAGUGCUCCUCUAAAGACGAAUGUGCAGACGACUAUGUCCUCAUGGGGUGAAAGGAGACAAGGACAGGUUCAUUUGGGCUAUUGCACCAAAGACUUGUAUUUAAUAUUGCAAACAGUUUUGAUCUUCAAUGAAGAAACUGUGGCAAAAUGAAAAAGAAAAUCAUCCAAAUUCUACUUCAGCAGAAACAACAAGACGCAAAAUGACUGAACAGGACUGGGAUUUCACUUAUCAAGAAUACACACUUACAUCGCAUUUGCCCUUUAAAAACUCAACCUAGACAAUUAUCUGCAACUCUUCAGUUAGAUAUGAAAAGUCAUGACCUCAAUAUAUCUGGAAUCAGUAAGUCAGAUGAAACUAAUGGUGUGUGGCUUGACUUUUGCCUGUCAUAUGAAUGGCAAAUUCUCAAAAAGGCAAAUCCAAUAGGUUUUCACAAGCCCCUUAUUCACACGAUGACCUGUAUCAAAGUCUUAAGAACUAUUCUAACUGCAUACACGUUUGCAGAAAACUUUUAGUAGCUUCCCAAAGUCACAAUUUAACUGAUAUCAGAUGUUCCUGUUAGUAUGAAAUGCUUAAGUAAUUUGAUGUUUACAUACAAAUUUAAUUUGUAUGUUGUAGAUACAGAAUAUAAUUAGUAUGUUGUAUACAUUUUGCACAUAAUAUUUGGGAUUUGGACGUGAAUGCCAGAGGCUAUUUUUGUUUUACAGACAGUUGAACCAGUAGCUUCUGACAAACCACUGUUGUUACGGCAUUACCUGAAGGAUGUAGAACUAAUUUAAUCUUAAUCUAAAAGCCAGGAUUUGAUGACUUUUCCAUAUGUUUUUCAUGUAUAGACAAUGGGGUCGUAAUAAUUAGUGUAUUCAUUGUGUUACCUUCAGCGCUGAGAGGUGUCGUGUAGAGGUGCUACACAAGUGGAGGGACUCUUUUCCCACAAUGGAAGGAAAAGGAAUGGCAGCUAAGAAAAACAGUAAACAUAAGGUGAACACUGAAGAAGCACAGUGACUUGUUAUAAGAGUAUGCUGUGACUAUGACUUUCCACUGAAGACAACAUUUUGAUCUUUAUCUGUUGUUUUUAUUGAAACAGAGCCAAAACAUGGCUCCACCCAUACCCAAAGUUUCUCCAGCAGAAAACCCACCUGGAGCUGACUCAACCAGCCAUUUCUAACUAUGAUUGUAGCUUGACAGUUUGCACGAUAAAAUUGUAUACUUGUGUGUGAAAUGUGUGCCCUUGCCACAUAAUCAAAUCCAUAAUGGAUGUAUUGUUUAUGUGAUAAUGUCCAUAAAACAUAUCUUAUACUGAUUUCCAGAUUGCGUGCCCAUUUUGUAAAAUAGUGCUUCCUAGAACUACUGCAAAUAGAUAUUUAAUGCUUGAGAACUUUUAUUUGUUCCUUGUUUCGUAUGUGUAUGCAGAAAAUGCGUAAAUGUUUCUCUAUAGCCGAUCGAUAGAAUAAUUUAUUUGAUUGAUUUGAUGCAUGGUGUAUUGGUGAAGGUUGCAUUUGUUUCAUUUUUAUUUAUCUUUUUUCAUUGAUUAAAAGUUUACAACUUUUAUUACAAA